GAAAAAGUGGGUGGCGUUGUUGUAUGUAGGCAUGGGGAGAGGCGCAAAGCGACACGGCUGCUCCCGUUUCUAAUGUGAUGACAGCUGAUUCUACCGAGACAGAGCCAGGACCACCGUGACACUUUCUACUGUCAACAUGCUUUCUUGACCAUCACGCUAAAAGAAGGCAUUUAUUUCCGGGCAGAAUGACUCUGUGCAGAGCUGCAAAGCUGUGGGAAGUGUAGCCGCUCCAAAAAGUUGAGUCGCGGAGAAAAAGCAACUCCGCCAACACCACCACAUCACCAGGCUGAAGAAGUUGGAUGUCUUGUCUGACUGGCCUGAUCCCACAUUUUCCACAGGACGUUCAGACACUCUAUAGGUUAUGAGUAAUGGAAGCAGGAUCGGUGGUGCGAGCUGUGUUUGAGUUUCUCCCCAGCGUCUCAGAGGAGCUGCCACUCUUCACCGGGGAUGUUAUCGAGGUGCUUAAUGUCGUGGAUGAGUUCUGGUUGCUGGGUAACAAAGAUGGCGUCACAGGUCAGUUCCCCAGCACCUUUGUGGAAGAGAUUACCAUCCCCAGCACCAAGCCUGGAGACAGACUCUAUGUGUGCAUCAAUGAUUUCAGCUCAGCAGAGCCGGGCAACCUGUCCCUAAAGAGAGGUGAUGUGGUAGUUGGAGAGGCAGGAGGGUCCAUGGACCUCGGAGAAACCUGGCAGCGUGGUUGUAAUGCCUGGGCCGUCCGUGGUCUCUUCCCCACAUCAUGUGUGAAGGAGCUGACUCUCUCAGGUCGCUCCAGGCUGCUGUCUGAGCGCUCCGCUCAGGCUCAGGCUUUAGAGCUCCCACCUUACGCUCUGGGCCAGGCCCGGGCCCUCAUGAGCCUCCAAGCGCAGCUCAAUGAGGAGCUGGACUUCCGCGAGGGUGACUUGAUCAUUAUCACUGGCCUACCCGAACCGGGCUGGUUCCAAGGAGAGCUGGAUGGCCGCAGGGGCAUCUUUCCAGAGGGGUUUGUGGAGCUCCAGGGAUCCCUCCGAUCUCCUCAGGAGCCCGCGGACUACCAGUAUUUGGACGAUGAAUCCGAACAGUUUUGCUACGAGGACCCUUACGAUGUAGGAGAGAGGACUGAAGAGGAAGGUGUGAAAGAAGGAGAGGUGUUUAUGAGAGAGGAAGAGGAGCAGAAGGAAUCUGCAUUAGAAAAAGAGGACGAGGACGAGGACGGUGUCUAUGUUUUGGCACUGUAUGACUUUCGGGCCAUGGAACCAGGCGAGUUGGACUUUGAUAUGGGGGAUCGCAUACGUCUUAUAAGCACUUUGGAAGAUGGUUGGCUGGAAGGGAAGCUGCGAGGGCAACAUGGUAUUUUUCCUCAUCGUUUUGUCAAAAUGGAGAACGGUGGGCAGAAAACAGAGGAAACCGAUGUUGUUGAACCAGAAGACAAGGAGAACAGCUGUACUUCUGAAUACAGCUCAGGUCAUUUAUGUCCCAAUGGGUCAGGGAAUGAUCCUGAAUGGAGAGCAUAUGAGGAUCAUACAGUGUGGGACCUGGACUACUUUGAGAGGACUGAAGAGCAGAAGUGGCAAAGUGAAAACCAAACUGGAGCUCAAACUAACAACAGAGAACAGAGCGGUGGAGGUAGCAGGCCUGACUCUCAGCCACGUCGACCUGUCACCCCAGCACAGAGAGGGCCUGAGAGACCCAAAUCCACUCCUCCAGCCAGGCCCAGACUCCCAUCACAGCCUAGCCUGUCUGCACGUAGCCAUAGGCAUCAUAGACCAUCUUCUGGCGCAAAUCGGUCUAGCUAUACUAAUGGUAACACUCGAUCCUUACAAUCCAAACUAACUCAUAGCCUAACCCUCCCUAGCUCUCAGUCUGGUUUGUCUAAAAACGGUAGAUACCAACAGAAGCCACCAAAGGAUGGUGCCACCACCAGUAACAAAAGUCGCAGUCUUGGCCAGGCAUUAUUUAACCUUGCUGAGGGUCAUAGGCAGAAUAAGCUAACUCGCCAUGCUAGUGUCAGUGAUGCCGAUAUGAUGAUGGGCAGCACUGAGACACGGCAACGGUCCCAGCAGACGGUGCGUGGCUCCAACGGUAUAAUGCCGACAUCCAUCACCUUAGAUGCCCUGGUAACCUCAGCCGGUGACCUGGAGGCCAAGCUAUCCGAGCAGCUUUUUGAAUUUGAGAAAAGUUUGACUUCUUCAUAUAGUGAUACUAACAUGAGCUCUGGUGCUCCCAGGGACAUGCUUUCGGUAGCUGACCUGAACCAGCAAUCCCAUAUCUCGCGCCACUUUUCUAUUAUGGACUACGGCGAUGAAAGCGAUAUCAUGCGAGGCACCUCGCAUUCACCAGUGUCCCACCUUUUGCGGUCGAACUCUGCCUCUUCCUCACUAGAGAGACGCAGGACCCUUCGCCCUCCCCCUCCUCGUCCUAGAGUCCUUCGUCCCCCAGCCCCACCUGCAUACAAACCAGCCCGCCCUGCUCCACGUCCCCCUCCGCGUUGCCCGAGACAAAAUACAGCUCCGCCAACCAUCUUCUACACCCCAGACGAAUCGGCUAUAAACCUCCUCGACCAAAUGACAGAAGCGCAGGCUGAAUUCGGUGACCUUGCAGCCGCCCAGGAACAUGAAAUCCAGUGCCAGCUGGAAGCCGAGAAAGAGCUGGAGAGAGAGAUUGAGUUAGAGAGUCAGAGAGAGAAGGAAGAGGAGGAAAGGUACCAGCUGCUGCUACGGCUACAAGAGGUGGAGCAUGACAUGGAGGCAUAUGCACACACAGCGGAGGAACUCAGGACCAUGUUGGAGGAGGAGGAGGAUGAGACAGCCCGCAUGCAAGCCAUGGAGAAUUUGGAGUUCUGCAAUUACACGCUGGAGACACUGGCCUUGGAGCAGCAGCAGCUACAAGAAAUGACGCUCCUGUCGUCCCAACCCACACCCCUGGACUCCUCCCCAACCUCGGACGCCAGCCCUGCUGCCGGCACCGAGGACCCCGAGCUGAGGAUGAUGGAGAAGAGGUUAAAGGUCAUUGAGGAGCUUCUGCAGACGGAGAAGGACUACAUCAAAGACCUGCAGAUGUGUGUCGAGGAGAUCGUCGAGCCACUGCAGAAGAAGCAGGUGAAGAACGUGGACUUUGAUGGGCUCUUUGGCAACAUCAGCUCUGUGAUCGACCUGUCACAACGCUUGUUUGAAACACUGCAGGACACAGACUCUAUUGGAAAUGUAUUUCUGGGCUUCAAAGCUGAGCUGGAAGAGGUGUACAAGAUCUACUGCCAGAACCAUGAUGAUGCCAUCUCUCUGCUCGAGAGCUAUGAGAAGGAUGAAAACAUCCAGCAUCACGUGUUGGAGUGUCUGGAGAGACUGAGGGCCAUUUAUCGCAAGUGGGGGAAAACAAAUUACAUCAACCUCGGCUCUUUCUUAAUCAAGCCGGUGCAGCGGGUGAUGCGUUACCCGCUGCUGCUGAUGGAGCUGCUGGGGGCCACACCGGAGAGCCAUCACGACCGGCCCCAGCUGACUCAGGCUCUGCAGGCCGUCAAAGAGAUCAACGUAAACAUCAACGAGUACAAGCGCAGGAAGGACCUUGUGGUGAAGUACAGGAAAGGCGACGGGGACACGUUCAUUGACAAGAUCUCCAAGCUGAGCAUGCACUCCAUUAUCAAGAAAUCCAACCGAGUCAGCAGCCACCUCAAACACCUGACAGGAAUGUCACCCCAGAUUAAAGAUGAAGCGUUUGAUGAGGCUGAGAAGAAGUUCAGACUGCAGGAGAGACUCAUCAAGUCUUUUAUCAGGGACAUUUCCUUGUACCUGCAACAUAUAAGGGAAUCGGCAUCUGUGAAGGUCUUGGCAGCCAUCAGUUUCUGUGACAUCUACACAGAGCGCAGCGUCCUCGACCCGGAGCGCUUCCAGAAAGCUCACCGCUGCAUCAGCGACAAACAGUUCACACAAUUUAAGGAGCGCACAGAGGCCUUAGUCAUCAAACCGCUCACCCAGCUCCUCCUCAUGUUCGCCGGGCCGCACAAACUCAUCCAAAAGCGCUUCGACAAGCUGCUGGACUACGACAACUGCAAGGAGCGGGCUGACCGCCUCAAGGACCGCCGUGUCCAGGAUGAGCUGCAGGUGGCGCGUAACAACUAUGAGGCGCUCAACGCCCAACUUCUGGACGAACUCCCCAAGUUCCACGUCGCAGCAGAGGAGCUGUUUACUGGCUGUGUGAGGGCUUUCGCUCAAUCCCAGAAGGACUUCAUGAAGACGACACUGGGGGAGCUGAAGCCCCUCCUACAGGCUUUUUCUAACAAAGCUGGCACAGAGGGCAACCUGAUUGCUAAGUUCCAAGAAGAGUACGGUCGAGUUCUCCAACUUCUACAGAGCUUUAGCUUCUGCCCGGAGAACCUUCCUCCAGCCACCUCCACAAAAAAGACCUUUGAGAAGAAGACUCUGGAGAAGCAGACCCCUAAAAGACAACUGCAGGCACCUCCGAACCACAUCAUGCAAACAGAUGAGCACCGUGCAGGACUUCUGGUACGCUAUGGUCCAGAGAAACUUUUCCAGGCAGAGAGAAACUUCAAUGCAGCCCAGGAUCUGGACAUCUCUAUGCUAGAGGGAGACCUUGUGGGUGUAAUCAAGCAACAGGACCCCAUGGGUAGCCACAACCGCUGGCUAAUUGAUACUGGAGUUGGCAAGGGUUUUGUGUACAGCUCCUUCCUCAAACCCUACAACCCACGCCGGAGUCAGUCGGACGUGUCAAUCGAGAGCCAAUCAUCUAAUGAGUCAGGCUACGGCGGCUCCUCCCCUGUUUUCUCCCGCCAAAACAGCAGCAGCACACUGACCUUUAACCAGGAAACAGCCACCGUCAGCUUUUCCACAUCGCAGCCCCAAAUACAUUCAUCGCCACACCCUUCGCUGGACUCUGCCUCAUCUCGUAGAAGUCACAGAGAUCCACCCAACCUUGACUCAUCCAGUCAGAGCAACUCCAUCAACUCCUCCCCAAGAAAUCCCUCCAACCGCAGGGAAUUCUCAGACCAAACGCACCGAAAUUCCUCCAGUCACAGAGACACCGAGCCUUCUUACCGGCAUUCAGCCAAUCACAGAGACACGUACGAUACGAGUUGUGCAAGUCCGAGCAGCCACAAGGAGAUGUCAGACCUCUCAGAGACAGACUCUUACUCUUCACUCAGAAACAGUCGGUCACAGCGGUAUGGGCACACAGACAGAACCUACAGUUCAUACCAGUGGAGAAAUGGAGAUAAUAGUGGCCAGAAAAGGACUGUUUACUCCAGAGAUGAGUACAUUGAGCCGGAGCCGGAACCAGUACCAGUACCAGUACCAGAACCAGACAGUGAAUUAGAUGGUCAUCAGAUUUACUACGCUCUCUACUCGUUUGAUGCCCGUUGUGCCAAUGAACUGAGCAUCUCAGCCAAUCAGCGGCUGCGGAUACUGGAGUUCAAGGACAUGAACGGCAACAGUGACUGGUGGCUGGCGGAGGCGGAAGGCCUGCGAGGCUACGUGCCUUCCAACUACAUCCGCAAAUCAGAAUAUACUUGAAAAAAAGUUUUAUCCUGAGACUGUACUUGGACCUGAAGAAGGCUCACUCUGCGAGCAGACUGAACAAGAAAAGACAAACAAGCAUCUGGACACGCGUUGACUUAGUUUUGAUCUGUUGUCAAAGAGUUUGAUAGUGAAAAGGACUGACUAUUGCUGCUGACUUUGCUCCUAAAAGUUAACAUUAUAUGCCUAUAUUUAAAGACUUUUUUUAUAUUAUUUGUACUGAAACUGUGCCCUACUCCCUCUCGUUUCCAGUGAAAAACCUGUGAAUUGCACCAGAUUUUUGCCAUAUUCUCUGGAGCUGAAGACAAUGAAUUGUUUAAGAGAACAGUUUUAAAGGUUAGCACAUUGGGUGAUUGCAAUGGAAAUGUGAAUGUUUUGGGUUUAGACUGGUUCUUAUAAACAUACAUCAAGUGGUAUGCAGACAGACUGACCUAAACACUGUGUUAAUGACUUUUUCCUACAUGUGGUUUAUUACACCACUAGACUGAUGAAUAUUAGAUGGAUCUAUACUAUACUGUUUAACAAUCGAGGUUUGAGGCACUUAUGAGGAUUAUCCACUGGUUGCGAGUUUUGAAGUGUCUACGGUGAAGCCAUCAACAAGAAUUGAGUGUUGUAUGAAAUGAAUAUGGACUAUUUGAAUUAAAUCCAAGAACAAAGUUGAAUGGCAUAUGCUAUAUGGUUUACAAGCAGCCCCCUUGUCAAUAACCUGAAUACACUUUUUGACUGGGUUGACACUGUGCAAUCAGGUGAUGAUGACCCAUUUUCCCUGUAAGGAGGUUAACAAACAGGGAGAGAGAGAGAGAGCGAGAUUGUCUGAUCUUUACUCUGAUUUCUCCACAUACUCCCUAUGUACAUUUAUAUAGUGCUGUAUAUUGAGAAUAUGCUAUUGCACCCACUGUAAAGUACACACUGUUUGAAUAAAAAACAGCUCAGCUGAUAAAUCAUGA